AUGACAAACGAAGGAUUUAUCCUCUUCUUCUUUCCCCCCUACAGCACCUGGAAAAUUAGCAUCUACUCUAUCUCUUGCGUUAACUCGUGCAAGGAUUACCCCAUCACUUGUUCCACCAGCAGAUCUGGGAACCCGGGCGUCGUUGUGCUUCUCGAGACUCAUCAACCCUCGGAUAGUUUCCUUGUGAUCUUAGUACUUCUCAAAGUUCUAUAA